GAAAUGACUCGAGACGGAGACGGUAAGGGUGAGGGACUGUUGGCUUGUUUUCAACGUUGGUGACGAGUUCAGCCAUGAAGUGUUGACGCAGACUGGGACACAGCUGAGGACAGGACACAGCUGAGGACAGGACACAGCUGAAGACAGGACACAGCUGUCCAGUGGUCGUAUGACAUGAAAUUUUACCAAAACUUGGUUAACAGUCGGCAGUUUGAAGAGACACCCUCACCCUGUCUCCCUGUCUCACUGUCUCCCUGUCUCUGUCUCUCUGUCUCACUGUUUCACUUUCUGCUUCUCCUCGGGACUACCCAGAGAGGUGGCUCUGUUUAGGAACCAUGACCAGUAAACUCGAUAUUCCUCUUCAUGGGAAGUCACUCAACAUUGUGAGACAAUGUGGACCUGCUCUGGGUGAAGUCCUUCAAAGCAAGUUUGGAUGUGUGGCCACCAUCGAUGGUGUGAGUUUUGAAAGAGAUCCGAGCAGUGCGCAGCAGAUGAGGCCACCUGUUGUCCCAGAGAGGAGGUGUGAUGCUACGCUGUAUGGAGGUGUUCAGGUGUCUGUGUGGAAGGCCAAUCUCACCGAUUUCCAGGUGGAUGCUGUUGUGAAUGCUGCUAAUGUCGGUCUUCAGCAUUAUGGCGGCCUUGCUCUAGCUCUGUCCAUAGCUGGCGGUCCACAAAUCCAAAGAGAGAGUGAUGAUUACAUCAACAAGCACGGUGAAUUGAAAACAGGAGAUGCACUUGUCUUUGAUGCUGGGUCCCUACGAUGCAAGAAGAUAAUUCAUGCUGUGGUCCCACACCUACCAAAAUAUCCCUCUAAGUCUGAUGUUUCGGGUGCGGAAUGGCUGUUGCAGAGGGCCAUCGUGAGCAUUCUUGAUAAAGUUAAGGAGCACCGUCUGCAGUCUGUUGCCAUUCCUGCUAUAAGCUCCGGUCUGUUCAACUAUCCCCUGCCAGAAUGUGCCAACACCAUAGUGAGAACUGUGAAACGCUACUAUGAAAGCUCCUCCUCCUACUCUCCAGGACAUCUUCCCAAAGAGAUCCUCCUUGUGAACAAUGACGAGCCUACGGUCAAAGAAAUGGAGAGGGCCUGCCGUCAGCUGUUAGCCGCCAGUAAAAGCAUAAGUGAUGCCAAAACCUCAACACUGACUGUCCAGCUUGGAAAUGUCCAUCUGACACUGAAGAGGGGAAAAAUUGAGGAACAGCAGACAGAUGUCAUCGUAAACACUGCAUCAUUAAACCUGGACUUGAGCAGUGGUGAAAUCUCCCGCGCCUUACUGCAGAAAGCUGGUAAAAAAAUGCAACAAGAAAUUAGAAAUGCUCCUCAGAAAGGACAUGUCAUCACCACAAAACCCUACAUGCUGCCAUGUAAAGAGGUGUAUCAUACCUGUUGCACUGCAAAGGGGAGCGACGGAGCACGACAGAUUCUUUUCAAAUCCGUAUUGGAGUGUUUAUGGCAGGCAGUCGCAAGUAGCCACAAGUCAAUCACCUUUCCUGCCAUCGGCACAGGAGCCCUCGGGUUCGGUAAAAAAGAAGCUGCCGACAUCAUGUCGAAUGCAGUGGUCGACUUUGCCCAAAGGGUCCCAAAGAAGAUGGAUGUUUACUUCGUCAUAUAUCCUUCUGACAACGACACAUUUAAGGCUUUUGAGGAACAAAUGGGAUAUCUCCAGAAACAAGCAUCUCAUCCCAGCUUCACACAUGCAGUGGACGUGAUGCUGUCUUCUCCGUCAGCAUUUGAGCACAGAGAUGGCGUCCGUGGUGGCGGCGGCGGUGCUCCCACUCCACAGAUCAGCCUGAACGGGCCUGAAGAAGCAACGCGCGAGGCUGACCGAUGGCUCAGCAGGCUUCUCUUCAACUCCUCCGGCACUGUCGUUAUCUGCAACAACUUCGUCCAGCACUUCGGCGAGCAAGAGCAUCUGCAGCUGUCCCAUCUAAUCAAAAAGGGCGUGUUCAUCGAGGUGUUCUUUGAGAAAGGUCGCGCCGGCAUAAUUGUAAACGGUUCAGAUGAAGAUGUUGAAGUUGCUGGGUUGCAGGUGGAGGCCAUGCUCUGCAACAUCCAGAGGGAGUUUGCCACAGAGGAGGAACGCACCAUGCUUCAUACUGUGUUGUCUAACAACGUGUCCUUUGAAAGAAAGACAGUUGACAACUCAAGCCCAGAGUUCUUUGGGAGAUCAUCUGUCUUCAGAAAGCACGGGCCGAGGAUGUUGAAGGUGGACAGAGUGGAGAAUCCUACACUGCAGACGCUCUUUGACCUCAAGAAAAAACAGCUCCAAUGCUCCACUCCUCGAAAAAUGUUCCAGCACAUACCUGCACAGUUCUGUGAGAUGGUCAGCCAUAUUGGAUUCCGUGAAGAGUACGCACCACCUGAUGAUCCAACAUGCGGACAGGGCAUCUACUUUGCCGGUGAAAUCGAGAAGGCCAUGGAGGUGUGGAAGGUGCAGAAGGAGCGAAAGGAGGAGUAUGUGUACUUGGUGGAGGCCGAGGUGCUGACAGGAAACUCCACCCCUGGUACACCAGGUCUCAUUCUGCCUCCUGCUGUGGGGGCAGAGCCACACGUUGUGUACGACAGUGUGAGCGGAGGGCCUGAUAUCUCUGUCAUAUUUAGUGGUUACCAAGCUCUGCCCAAAUACAUCAUCACCUGUAGGAUGGUCUGAGGAGUGAUUUCUUCACUGUUUCCUCUGGGUUCAUUGUGUCGAACAGGAAGUUAGAUUAUUCUAAAACAAGCUGAAGUGCAUUCUUGAUUAAUGUCUUUGCUAUUAGAAAGAAAUGGCUGUUUGCAUCACUCCUUGAAAUCAUAUAAUGGAGACUAUUACCACAGUACCAGCUUAUAAUCAGCUUGAGAAACACAUGUAUUAGAUUUGAGUUGCUUAUUUUUUUACAUUAUAAGUUUGUUUCUUUUGGGUGAUAAGCACCUAUUACACAUAGCAGCACAAUCAUUUGUAUGUAAAUCAAAGAUUCCGCUUUAAAAAUGCACUUAAAGCAACAACAUCAUACUUUU